AGAGAAAAGGAAAGAUGGAAGAAAUGAUGGAGUGAGUCUGCAAAAAGGAGUAAAAUGGAAGAACAUGAACACUUUCCCCCAAAAUACCAUUUUUUUCCAUAAAACUACAGCACCAUGACCAGAGAGAGGGAGAGACCAAGAUAGAACAAACCCAGAAGCCAUGUCUGUUUAUUUCUUGUCCAUUUUCUUUUUCAUCAAUCUCCCAUCCCAUGGAAUUCGUUUGUUUCUGGGUUUCUGGCACUUGCAGCUGUUGUUCUGUUGUAAAUGGCGCUAAGGGAAUCUUCAGCUUUUUUUGCUACUUGGCAAUGGUUUCUGUAUAUUCAUCUUAGUUUGAGACUUUCAAAUUCACUGGGGUUUAACUCAAGAGUAACAAGACUUUAGCAUGGGUAAACAAGGGCCUUGUCGUCACUGUGGCACUACCUGCACUCCACUUUGGAGGAAUGGUCCUCCGGGAAAGCCAGUGUUAUGCAAUGCCUGUGGAUCAAGAUGGAGGACAAGGGGCACGCUUACAAACUAUACCCCUCUACAUUCCCGUACUUUCGAACAUCUUGAUACUAAGGUCUCCCAUAAAUUUCAGGCGUGUAAAAUACCAUUAAAUACAAAUACAAAAAAAUUGUGUGAGCAAGUUUGUGAUGAAGGUUACAUGGAAGGAAGAGAUACUUUUGCAGGAUAUGAUCUGUGUCCAAAAAGUUUUGAAAAUGAUACAAGCAACCGAUCUAGUUCGGGCUCUGCAAUAUCAUGCUCUGAGAGCUCUGUUCGGUUAGGAAGAAUGGAUGGGAACAAGAUCUCAGGUCCAGUCAAGUCCAAUUUUUGGGACUUCCCCAUUCCUACAAAAAAGAGGUCAAAGACUAGAAGUCACAGUCCAUCACCUGUUGAAAAGCUCAGAAGGAACCUUGUUGAUAUUCAACAGGAGCAAGAAUCAUCCUAUCAGACUGAAAAUCCAGAAGAUGUGCUCAUUUUCAAAAAGCAAGAUCCAUUGCUUUCUCCUGAGAUAGGUCUGGGGGCCAUUCUACUUAAGCCCUCAUUAUCUUUCACUGGGGAGGAAUCUGAGGCAAGCUCACCCAUUAUGGAAAAUAAUGUUUCUUGCUUGAACAAUGGAGAUGUUGAAUCAUCAUGUUUAACUCUACGGUCCCAAAGUAGUGAAUAUAGUAGUCAAGAAAGUAACGGAUUGAUUCAAGAGACUGGGUAUGCAGAAGAGUUGAAAGUAAAUGUUGCAAAACAAAGUGCAAUCACAAACAAAUCUUCGGGGACUGCUCUUCUUGGCAAUCCUGAUAUUCUGCAGAAUACAAAUUCUCCUCUUAUGCCAAUAUAUUGGAAGCCCGAAAAUGGUGAAAGCUUUACAAUUAUGAACAACAUGGCUGAAACCACUUCUUGUUUAUCUCAUCAUAUUGGAGGUGGAAUCUCCCUACAUGCUGAGAGAAAUCCAAAUCUUCCAUAUCUCCCAACAUCUGGAGGUCCAAGUUUUGACACCAUAGGAGGCUUUGAAGUACCGAAUCAGCAGAUGGUAGGACAUAAUCCUCCUUCAAGCAUAAGCAUGCCUGCUUUCUCAAUUGGCAGGAAUUCCAGCAUAGUUCCCUUGCAGAUGGUAGGACAUAAUCCUCCUCCAAGCAUAAGCAUGUCUGCUUUCUCAGUUGGCAGAAAUUUCAGCAUACUUCCCUUGACGAACAUUCAGGUUGCAACUUAUUAUAAUGAUGUACAGAUGAGGGUACAUCCUGGGAACAACUUCCCUGUUGUUAGACUUCCUAGCAUUUCAGCCCUCCAAAAUGGAGCCAAUGACGAAGAAACAAGAUCAGCUGCUGAGAUAUUCCAGCACCCAAACAACAGGAACAUAAACUGAAAGCAUUUAUACCCACUUGUAGUGGCAUUUGAAUCUCUUAGGUUCCAUUUAGUUGCAAGUGAAAUCAAAGAGAAAGGAAGUGAAAAUUUUUAAACCUAAAAGAAAAAACUUUUGUAAUCAUUUCCCCACAUGUUUAUAUCACUAACUCCAAAUCAUUUCAUAUUUGGCUAUUAAACUUCACUUUACCUUGCAUUCAAAUCCCUUGAAGUUGAAAAGUAAAAUAAAAAUUACAUCGAAAAAAUAUCAUUACUAAAUAUAAAAAGAUAUUUAAGUAGUUUAUACAAUCAUGUUGUGUAAUGAUUAUAAACGUUUCUAUUUUAAGUUUAAAAAUUUUCACUUCCCUUUCUUUAAUUUCCCUUGCAACUAAACAGAGCCUAAGUUCUGCAGGAUGUUAUCAAGUUCCUUCAUUCAGAUUGUUGCCCUGUAUGGGCACUGUUAUAAUAAACCAUGAGGAUGGAGCUAAUGUGUUGGAAACUGGAGCCAUAAGCAAGCAAGUUAUUUUUUAUGCCUGCAUUUUGGGAGGUCUUUAGUCUUUACUUCAGACUUGCAAGAGUUAUGAAUUGGUUUAAUAAAAAUUUUAAGUGAAUGAAUUUUGUAGUUUUCAGACUGAA